AUGGCGACAACCAACAGAAACAUUGCCCGCUAUGAAACAACAGCAGUCUACUCGCACCCCGAGGCGACCGUUGACAUUGUCCUCGUUCACGGCCUCAACGGCGAUCCCAAGAUGACAUGGACUGCGACAAACGGCACAUUUUGGCCAAUCGACCUGCUUCCAGCGUCUCUUCGCGGCUUAAAGGCAAACAUCCUCGUCUACGGCUACAACGCAGAUGUCUACUCGCGCCGCAACGACCGCUCUGCCAGCGACAACUUCAUCCACCAGCACGCACAAACCCUCGUCACAUCGCUCACGCUAUACCGCCGCUCCGAAGGAACAACCCGCAACCCCAUCAUCUGGGUUGCCCACUCGCUCGGCGGUAUUCUCGUGAAGCGAGCCUUACUCUACUCAAACGACCUGCGCACCGCGCACCACGAACACCUCCGAUCCAUCUUCGUGUCCACCUUUGGCAUCAUGUUCCUCGGCACACCACACACGGGCUCCGACGCCGCAACAUGGGGCAUGGUUCUGCAGGGCAUGUCGGACGUGAUUCUCCCGCGGAAGCUGUUCCAGAGCGAGAGCGUGCUUCUCAAGACGCUCAAGAAGGACAACGAGACCCUUGCCAACAUCAACAAUCACUUCCUCGACAUCUACCAGCGCUUCCGUAUCCACAUGGUCCAUGAAAACCACAAGACUGACAUCAAAGGCACAAAAAUCAUCAUUGUCGACGCCAACUCGGCCAGCCCCCAACUCCCUGGGGUGACCUACUACGGCGUGGAGGCUACCCACAGCCACAUGUGCAAGUUUGACAGCCCAAGCGCUCCUGGCUUCCGCGCUCUGUCUACAGAUAUUCGCCAAUGGGUGCUGGACGCCCCGGCCAUUGUCGGCGUCCGCUGGGAAGCCGAGCAGGUCGAGCUCUCUGCGCGCGUUCGCAACGAGAUCCACGAGCGCAUCUCGCCCUUUAUGACUCCCCAACAGGCGUUUCUUGCCGGCAACAGCAGCAGCACCAGCCCGCCUCAAGGAUUCAUUACUAGUGGCUCGCCUCCCCAGACCUAUCUCCACGGCAUGAGCCCGCAGCAUCAACAGCAGCAGGGCUAUUUGACCACCGAGGCGUAUAGUCCGCGUCGAGGCAGUGAGAUGUCCAUCUCCUCAGCGUCCUCUGCUUCUAUCCCCAGGUCGCUGACGCCGGGAGGUAGCGUUGUCCAGACCGCUCAGCAAGUCCCGACUGGUCACCACAACAUGUUUGUCUUUGACUCUCUGGACAAUACAUCUCCUCAGCUCUACCAGCUUCGACAGUAA